AUGACCAUCAUCAUCUGCAGAGGAUCCCAAGUCUUGCUGCCGGACAGUGAUUCCCUUCAGCCAGCGACCAUCAUCAUCGAAGGUGAUUCCGGAAAGAUCGUUGAAGUUCAUCGACGACUAUUGUCAGACGAAUUGUUACCAUCCCAUGUGCAGCUGAUAGAUGCUGGGCCGAAUGUCAUUCUCCCUGGCUUAGUGGAUGCCCACGUUCAUCUCAAUGAACCCGGAAGAACUGACUGGGAGGGUUUCUAUACCGGAACUAAAGCUGCGGCUUCGGGCGGUGUUACAACCGUCGUGGAUAUGCCACUCAAUUCUAUUCCGCCGACGGUCUCUGUAGGGAAUCUCUCAGUGAAACGGGCCUCUGCCCAUGGCCAAUGUUUCACGGACGUCGCGUUCUGGGGCGGUGUUAUCCCAGGAAAUCAAAGUCACCUCAAGGCACUAGUAGAGGCUGGUGUCAAAGGCUUCAAAUGUUUUCUUAUCGAAAGCGGAGUAGAUGAGUUCCCUUGCGUCGAUGAGGAAGAUUUGAACGAAGCUAUGAGCUCGCUACAGAAUGAGCCUACUACUUUACUUUUCCAUGCUGAAUUAGACAACACACCUCCUUCCAAAAACGAAGAGUCAGAUCCCACUUCGUAUUCUACUUUUCUUCAUUCAAGACCUGAUGCUUUCGAGAUCAACGCCAUAUCGCUUAUAACGCGCUUACAGACGAAGUAUCCUAACCUACCUUGCCACAUUGUGCAUCUAAGCUCAUCGAAAGCGCUCCCUCUGAUUCGGGACGCAAAAGCUGCAGGAUUGAAACUGAGUGUCGAAACUUGUUUUCACUAUCUUUGCCUUUCUGCGGAAAACAUUCCUCGGGGACAAACGAUCGCGAAAUGUUGUCCCCCCAUCCGCGAAGCCAGCAACAGGGAACUACUGUGGGAUGCGCUCAAGGACGGUACCAUAGAUUUUGUUGUGUCUGAUCAUAGUCCUUGCACAACGGAAUUGAAAAAGAUCGAUGAAGGGGACGUCAUGGGUGCAUGGGGAGGUAUCAGCACCCUGGGACUUGGACUGAGCCUUUUGUGGACGGAAGGAAGUCAGCGAGGAAUAUCUCUUGCUCAAAUCAUUGACUGGACAAGUGUAAAGACGGCGAAACAUGCGGGACUAUCCGAACGAAAGGGAAAACUUCAAACUGGAUAUGAUGCAGACUUGGUCAUUUGGGAUCCUGAUGCCGAAUUUGCUGUGACACAGGAAUCCUUAAAUUUCAAGAACAAAGUCUCUCCUUAUGUGGGCCUCAAACUCCGCGGCCGGGUGGAAAAGACGUUUAUUCGAGGGUCUAUCGUUUAUGAUCGUAUCAGUGGCUUCGAUGGACUUAACCCAAGCGGAGAGUUACUGUAA